CGUGGGAGUUCUUCGUGGAGGUGGUGAUUGUGGCGAUGACGGACACGACGACGACAGCUCCGUCUUCAUUGGAUUUCAAAAUCCCCGAAUGGGACGAUCAAGUGGAUUUUGACAUCCAAGAGGACUUUAUGAAAGAUGAAGUGCUUCGCAAUGUCUUCGAGGAAUUACUGGGCCAAGCUGCCCCCCUGAAUGAAGAGGAGCAACUGCUGCAGCAGGAGCAACUGCAAGAGCAGCAGGAACAACAACUUCAGGAGCUGCAGCAAGAACUGCAGGAGCAACAGCAAGAACUGCAGGAGCGACAGCAGCAAUUGCAGGAGCGGCACCACCAACAAAGGCAGGGCCAGGAACUACCACUGCAGGAGCACCAGCAGGGCCGGCAGCAACAGCAGGGCCAGCAACUCCUGCAGGGCCAGCAACUUCCACCGCAGGAACAACAGCAGGGCCGGCAGCAACUGAAGGGGCAACAAAUACCACUGCAGGGGCAGCAGCGACUCCCACUGCAGGAACAACAGCAACAACGGCAGGACCAGCAAUUCCUGCAGGGCCAGCAACUCCCACUGCAGGAACAACAGCAACAAUUGCAGGACCAGCAAUUUCUGCAGGGCCAGCAACUCCCACUGCAGGAACAACAACAACAACAGCAGGACCAUCAACUCCUGCAGGGACAGCAAUUCCUGCAGGACCAGCAACUGCCACUGCAGGGGCAGCAGCAACUACCACUGCAGGGGCAGCAACUCCCACUGCAGAAGCAACAACAACAGCAGCAGGACCAGCAAUUCCUGCAGAGACAGCAAUUCCUGCAGGGGCAACAGCAAAUGCCACUGCAGGGGCAGCAACAACUACCACUGCAGAGGCGGCAGCAACUGCACCAGUCACCGCAGCAGGAGAUGUGUCCAGCCUCCCUUGAGCUCACCCGGUCACCCCAUCGGGCGAUGACAAUCGCUCAGAUAGAGCCAGAGGAGGAGGAGAAGGAAAGCGAAGAAAAGGACAGACCCAAUGUGGCAGCAGAGAGGAAAGACAAGAGGAAACGGAUCAAGUUUUGCAGAGAGCAGCUAGAAGUCCUGUGGAAACACUUCAGAAGGAAUGAAUACGUCACCCCCAGCCAAGUCCGAAACUUGAUGAGCCAGCUGGGAAUGACCGAGAAACAGAUCAGAGACUGGUUCAGCAAUCAGCGUGUGAAAAAGAAAAAGCAACGUGGAAAGCUGAUGAAGCAGGUGGGUGGACCUCACUCAGGGCCUGCCACAGCCUGGUAUCCCACAUCCAGACCACCUCAUCCUGAAGCUGCAGUUCCUGCAAUGCCCCAGGCUACCUACAGUCACGCACCCUACCAGCCAUUGCUGGCACCUUCCUGGCCCUGGCGUCCCUCCUACCACCCCUCGUAUCCUGUGCCAUUGGCCAGAGACCCCUACUGCCCAAUGCUGAUGACCCCACACCUCAAAGAGGAUCCCCCAAGCCUUCCCGCUGUUACCCCACCUUACCAGGGCUACUCAGCUCCCUCCCUGGGAGGCUUUUAAGUCCUAGGAAGAGCAGAAUGUGAAAAGUAACUAAACUGGACCAGAUCACGCAUGUUCCUCUCCUGCCAUGGAGAGUUAUCUUCUGAUUAUACUUCUGAUUGGCCCCCUGGAAGUGUCCUGGGGCAAACAAGCAU